AUGUAUGCUUUAAUGUGCGAUGAAGCCAGGUCAUUUAAAGAAGAACAACUUACUAUCUGUGUAAGAUACACAAAAGGAAUGGUGGUUCAAGAACGGUUUUUGUCUUUUGUUUUAUGCUCUACAUCAAGAUCUGCUGCUGGUAUUUCAAAUACCAUACUUGAAAGUUUAAAAACUCUAAAUAUUGAUCAAGUGCCUAUGAUAGGUCAAUCGUACGAUGGCGCUAGUGUAAUGGCAGGCCAUAUAAAUGGAGUUCAAAAAAAAAUUAGAGAAUUUCAUCCAGAAGCAAUUUUUUUCCAUUGUGUUGCACAUAAACUAAAUUUAGUUAUAGUAGGAAUGUGUAAACAUGUUAAAAGCUCAGUUUUAUUUUUUAAUACACUAGAGUCCUUGUAUAUUCAUUUUUCUAGACCAUCUUCUCAUAACAAACUAAUAAAUAUACAAAAACAAUUAGGCAUUAAACCAAGAGAAAUUAUGCAGAUAAGUGAUACAAGGUGGGCAUGUCGUUUUGAAAAUUGUGAUAUGGUAAAACAAUAUUAUGGUUCUAUUCUAGAAGUUUUAGAUACUGAAGUUGAAGAAAAUAAUGAUUUUAAUUGUGUUGAAGCUAGUGGAAUCUUAAAUAACCUAAAAAAGGGCCAUUUUGUUGUUAACCUUUUCAUUUUUCAUGAAGUACUUAAGUAUAUAAACAUUUUGAGCAAUAAUCUCCAAAGUAAGUCUAUGACUUUGGGUAAAGCUUUUGAAAUAAUAAAAAGUGUUACUAAAACAUUAGAGGAUAAACGAAACGAACAAUCAUUUCAAUGUUUGUGGGAUGCAUUGACAGAAUUUUCAGAAAAUUUUGAAAUUAGUCUAGAUACUCCAUCCAAUUCAAAAAAAAAAAGAAAAGUUUUUGAAAAUUCUUUACUUAAGGAUAGUAUUAUUACAUCUACAGUGGGAAAAGAUCAGUUUGAAGAAAAAAGUGAAACACCAGAAGCACAUUGGAGAAGUCACUCAUAUUAUGAGAUUCUAGAUAGUAUAAUUCAAGGAUUAAAUAACAGAUUUUCAAGUGAAAGUAUAUCUAUUGCGAAUGCUCUUGAUAGUUUCUUAAAAUUAAAUACUAUUGACUCUGACCCUUUUAUUAACCACUAUCAGAAGUUACUUAAAAUUGAUUCUAAUCUACUAAAAGCAGAAAUGAUGGUAGCCAAAAAUUGCAUAUCAAAAGAAGAAUGGGAUUUUGAUGAACUAAUAAACAUUGCUAAUGAAUCAGUACUGCCAAAUUUAAGAAAAAUGUUAAAAGUAGCAUUAAUAUUACCGGUUACUACAGCUACUUGUGAGCGUUCCUUUUCUGCUAUGAGGAGAAUCAAAACCUGGCUGAGAUCUAGAAUGGAACAAAAUCGUUUUGAUAAUUUGGCAAUACUAAACAUUGAAAAAGAUUUACUGAAGAACUUAAACAAAGAAAAAGUUCUUGACGAGUUUGCUAAAAAGCCAAGAAAAUUAAAAUUGUAA